CGUUUGUUUCUGUUUGCGAAAUAAUCACCGCGAUGGCGACAGCACACAAGGGCGUUGAGCUGCCGACCCUGAACGGCCGAGGACUGCGCAUCGGCAUUGUGCGCGCACGAUGGAACCCGACCGUGAUUGAUGCGCUGAACGCCGGGUGUCGCGCUGCGCUGCUUGAGAGCGGGGUGGCCGAGUCGGACAUUGUCGAGGUGAUGGUUCCGGGCUCCUACGAGUUGCCGUUCGCAGCCAGCGUGCUGCUCAACUCUGCGGAUGCCAAGGUGGACGCUGUCGUGUGCCUCGGCUGCCUGAUCAAGGGCGAGACCAUGCACUUUGAGUACAUUUGCGAGGCCGUCACGCAGGGCAUCAUGCGGCUGAAUCUGGACAGUGGCAAGCCAGUCAUGUUUGGCGUGCUCGCCUGUCUCACAAUGGACCAGGCGCUCGCUCGCGCGGGGCUCGGCGACAGUCCCUCCAAGCACAACCACGGCAUCGACUGGGGCAAGGGUGCUGUCGAGAUGGCUCUGCUCCGAACGCAGUUCCCUCGCAGCUCAAAGUGAUUUCGCGGUUGUUUUUUUCCACUGUGCUCAUCGCGUCGCAGAGAGGGUUAGCAUCGUGUAACAAUGUAAUAAAAGAAACACAACAAAGUGCAUGUUGCAA